CAAUAGUUGACAUGUGCGACGUGGCUGCAGUGAGCGGCGGCGAUUCAACGCCGACCAUCUCUGAAAACACGUGGGUGAUGAAUCAGUGCGUGCUGCGUGCGCGUUUGAGUCAGGCACCUGUGUCGUUAUUGGUUUGCUGGGGCUUCAUGGAAAGUACCGCAGGACCAACCCCGUGAAUGAACACGUCCUGAUCCGAGAGACGGAAAGAAAGAGAGAGAGGGAGAGGGGGAGGUCAGGGCGGAGGGGCAGUCGGCAAACUUAGGCGCUGUCCGCGGUUCUGAAACGCCUCUUAUUUUCCUGCCCUUCUAUUUUUUUCUUCUCCACGACCCGCUCGCACCUGUGCGCAUCGAUGAUCGAUGACCGCAAGAAUGACGGAGCCCAGUAGUCUCUGCCGCCGGAAUUAGACGAUCGAACCCUCCCACGUUGCCACAGCUGGUCGGCGUGCGAUCAUGGAAGAAGGAGCCGCCGGAUUGUUGAAGGCUGAGUGACAAAAUGUUUCUGAAGACAUCGUGCGUUACGUUGUUUCACAGGUUAUUUACCGACUGACCUGCUCCAGCCAGCUUCAACCGGUGACCGCUCAUCCCCAGUGGAAAUUCAACACCAUAUGUGUAAAAAGAAAAAAAGAUGAACCGCUGUAAUUUUGUUGUACUUUGAAAAUCGGUGCUUUUAACCCUUUUUGCAAUCUAAGAAGAGCAAUCAGCUCCUUCCGAGGCAUGGCUCGUCUGAUUGUUUUGGUCAACUCUGUGCUCCUGUUGCUUUUUGGAAGCGACGUCUUCUUGGUAGGAGCGAACAGGCCUCCUGCCCCGGUCAACGUGUCUGUCACGCACCUACGAGCUGACUCCGCAACUGUGUCCUGGGAGGUUCCAGAAGGGGAUAUAAUAAUCGGAUUCUCAAUCUCACAACAGAAGCAGGAUGGACACAUGCAGCGGUUCAUUCGUGAGGUGAACACCACCAGUCGCUCUUGUGUUCUUUGGGACCUGGAGGAGGAGACAGACUACAUCAUACAGGUCCAGUCCAUUGGGCUAUACGGAGAAAGCCAAGCCAGCAAGAAAAUUCAUUUUCGCACCCUCAAGAAAACGGACCGGUUCUCCACCAACAGUUCUAAUCAAGAUGACCCCACCGUGCAGGGCCUGGACAUGUCUCGGCAUCUUCAGACAGGGGAGAUGAUCAUAAUUGUCGUGGUCUUGGUCAUGUGGGCAGCUGUUAUAGCCCUGUUCUGCCGGCAGUAUGACAUCAUAAAGGACAACGACUCCAGCAACAAUAAGGAAAAGGUCAAGCCGUUGUCGGAGAGGAGCACGCCGGAGCACCACAGCGGAGGACUGCUACGGAGCAAGUUUCACCCCUCUGUGCCAUCCAUAAACAUCAUUGAAGUCUGAGAAGAAGGGGGCCCAACUUGAACCACUAUGUCUUCAACUGCUAACGCUUUUUUAUUAUUAUUCUCUCCCCCGUGGAGAAAAAAACGCUCAGAGAAAAAGCAGAGCAGAUGGGAGCCACUUAUAACGCAUUGAUUGAUUGAUGAAAGGCUGUUAACGGACUGAUAUUUAUCUGUUUUUUUAUGGAGGAAAACACACAGAAAUUUGUGUUCUGACAUAGGCGCACCUUAGAACUGCUGAAAGACGAUUUAAUGUUAACCCAUGGGUGCUUGCUUUACAACUGCAAUACAAAACACAGUAACUUAUCAUCUCUGGGAGGCGUAACUUUCGCAGCGUAUUUUUGAUAUUGGCAUGUUGCAGGUACAUCCUCUGUUCACCUCUUGUAGACAAGUGCGAGUAGUGUCCAUAUGCGGCCUGAACCUUAUAAAGCUGUGUGGUUACUGUGAGUAGGAUAUGAAUAGGAGAGAACCUUUGUGUUAAAAACGCAACUCUAAGAUAAAGUCAUGACAUCGCUUCUUUUGGUCCAAACUGAACUGCCAUUCCUGGAAAACACUGUGUGUUCGCAUAUUUCAGAUAUAACAAACACAUUUUAGUCUGCUGAAAUGAAGUUGCAUGCAGGGCGUGUAGAAAACCAACAGAUGUGCAUUCUAACUUAGAGACUUAUGAUGGAGAAACAAAGGCAUUUACAUGUGCCAAGAAGCUUUAUUGUAUAUUUAGUUAGUCUGCUCUUAGGGAAGGUUACUACGAAUUUUACACGCAGCGCAUCUUUGUUGUAAUUUCCUGGACAGGUUUUUUUUCCCCUCCUGACAUGUACAAUAAACCCUGUUUUCAAAUGUCUCAUUAUUAAAAUGAAGCUGAUGUAAUAAAGUUUAUCUCAC